UACGGACACAUGGUCUCUCCCGCGCCGCCUCCAAAACCCUAAAAAUCUCAGUUGGUAUCUCCCGCGCGGCCACCAAAACCCUAAAAAAAAAAUCUCAGUUGGUCUACUCUCCCACGCCGCUUCUUCUCCACAAGGGUUCUCAGCCAUGAAGCACUACCGCUCUAAGGCCGCCAAGAGGAAACCCCGUGUGUUACUUGACAACGAUGAUGAUCCCUUCUUCGAAUCGGACCCCAAGCGGCGGCGCAGAGGUGAGGACGAGGAGAUUGAGGGUGUAUCAAGCGAUGACGAUCGGGAAGUAAGUGAGGAGGAGAAGGAAGAGGCCCCGGAGGAGACGGCUGAUGAGGUGCGGUAUAGGAUCGCGAAGGAGUAUUUGCAGAAGGUGCGGGCUCUGACGCAGAGGGAUGAGGAUGAGGGGAAUGAAGAGGAGGGAAGAGAGGAUAAGGAUGGACGCAGAGAUUCUUUGGUUGCUGAGAAGCUGCUCAAAGAUCAGCUUCAGGACAGCGGCCGUAUUCGGAGAUUAAUUGCUUCAAGAGUGCAAAAGCCAGAAGAUCCAGAACAGUUCCGGUAUAUAGUGAAGCAUCGGCAAUCUGUUACUGCUGUGGCUUUGACCGUGGAUGAGGCAAGGGGGUUUUCCGCUUCUAAAGACGGAACCAUCAUGCAAUGGGAUGUGGAAAGUGGGAAAAGUGAGAAGUAUACAUGGCCAAGCGAAGAAGUACUUAUCUCACAUCAUGCAAAACCUCAUCAAAAUCCAUCUUUGAAACGAAGUAAGCAGGUGUUGGCAUUGGCUGUCAGCACUGACGGGCGAUACUUAGUGACUGGUGGAUUUGACCGUCAUGUCCAUUUGUGGGACACUCGUGCGCGGGAGCAUAUUCAGGCAUUUCCUGGUCAUUUAGCACCUGUCUCUUGUUUGGUGUUUCAACCUGGUACAUCACAGCUUUUCUCUGGUUCAUUUGACCGGACGAUGAAACUUUGGGAUGUGGAAGACAGGAGUCACAUCAACAAUUUAUUUGGUCAUCAAAGUGAAGUGCUUACAGUUGACUGUCUUGGAAAGCUGGAUGAUGAACGCCUUUUGACUGUGGGUCGAGAUCGAACAUUACGAAUGUGGAAGGUUCAUGAUGAAUCACAAUUAGUCUUUCGAGGACCCGCAGCAUCUUUAGAAUGCUGUUGUUUUAUUGAUGGGAAUGAAUUUAUCUCUGGCUCAGAUGACGGAAGUAUUGAACUUUGGAGUAGCAGACAUAAGAAGCCCAUUCACAUAAUAAAAAAUGCUCAUGCUCUUCCUUACCAGUCCAAUAGAGAUGAGAAGGAAGUGAUCCUUGAUGGUUGCAUUAAAGUAAAUGGCAUUCUUGAAGAAAAAAAAUGUUCUCUGGCAGAGUCGUGGGUUAGUUCCAUUGCUGUGUGCAAAGGAAGUGAUCUUGCGGUGUCUGGAGCUGCAAAUGGAUUAAUUCGUUUAUGGGCUAUUGAAAAUGAUAAUAAAGGCCUUCGACCUUUAUUUGAUUGCCCCCUGGAUGGAUUCAUAAAUUCACUUGCAUUUGCAAAAUCAGGGCGCUUCUUUGUCGCAGGAGUUGGACAGGAACCUCGACUUGGUAGAUGGGGUCGUGUUCCGACAGCUAGAAAUGGGGUUGUUAUACAUCCGAUUAGACUAGCAGAAGAACAAGGCUUGCCGAAAUCUUUUCGUUCCUCUCCUCGCACCUUGCAGUAAUGUGGUGAUUAAGAAUUCAAUUUUGUCUUGAGAGGUUUUGUGUAUCAUGAGGCCUUGUCCAGGUUCAUCUUUUGAGUAUCUUUUGUUUUUUUCUCUCAAUUUUUGAGGGUCUGUUUAAAACUCUGUUGUAUUUGUGAUAUUUAUUCUUUGAAAUCCUUAUUUUCAAAGUUCCA